AUGAAGCUUUCUCACUCUGUUGCGUUGGGAGUCAUCUCUGCACUCUCUGCAAAUGCUUUGGUGAUCCCUUCGAUCGCCGAGUUGCCAUCCAUUUUUGCGCUCAACCCAGAGGAACAAGUCCUCAAGGUUGUCCCUGAUAAGGCUGCCGAGCUCGUGACCAAGAAGCCUAGUCCAGCCGCUGUGGCCGCUCCUUCGGCGCAAAUCGCUUCGAUUUUCAAGCCUUCUUCGGGAAAUGAGAUUCCACACUCUUACAUCAUCGUCUUCAAGGACCACGUUACUCCCGACGCCGUUGACUUCCAUCUUGAGUGGGUCAAGGAGGCCCACAGUAACUCUGCCGCCAAGAGCAAGGGUUCCAAGGAAUUCGAUUCGUUCUCCAACUCCGUCAAGGCUGCUGGAAUUGACAAUGUUUUGGGCGGAUUCACUGGAAAGUUCAACAUCGGCAACUUUAAGGGUUACACGGGUUACUUCUUGCCAGAGGUCUUGGAGCUGUUGAAGCUCAACCCCGAUGUUGCCUUCAUAGAGCAGGACCAAAGGGUCUUUGCCAGCGAUUUUGCCGUCCAAAAUGGUGCUCCAUGGGGUCUUUCAAGAAUCUCCCACAGACAAUCUUUGAACUUGGGGUCUUUCAACAAGUACCUGUACGACGAUGAUGCCGGAAAGGGUGUCACCGCCUACGUCAUUGACACAGGUGUUUCUGUGACCCACGAGGAGUUUGGCGGAAGAGCCAAAUGGGGUAAGACCAUUCCAGACAACGAUGAGGAUCUCGACGGAAAUGGACACGGUACCCACUGUGCUGGUACCAUUGGCUCGGAGCACUACGGUGUUGCCAAGGGCGCAGAUAUAGUUGCCGUGAAGGUUUUGAAAUCCAAUGGUUCCGGUACUAUGUCAGACGUUGUCAAGGGUGUUGAGUUUGCAGCACAGGCACAUGUGGCUGCUGCCAAGAAGGGAAAGAAGGGAUUUAAGGGUUCUACCGCUAACAUGUCUUUGGGUGGUGGCAAGUCGCCAGCUCUGGAUAUGGCCGUUAACGCUGCCGUUCGCACGGGUUUGCACUUUGCCGUUGCUGCAGGUAACGACAAUGCUGAUGCCUGUAAGUACUCUCCUGCUGCUGCCGAGAAUGCCGUCACUGUUGGUGCUUCUACCCUUUCUGACUUCAGAGCCUACUUCUCCAACUACGGUAAGUGUGUGGACAUCUUUGGUCCUGGUUUGAACAUUCUGUCCACUUACAUUGGUUCCGACACUGCCACUGCCACUCUUUCUGGAACCUCUAUGGCUUCUCCUCACGUUUGUGGUCUGUUGACGUACUUCUUGUCACUUCAGCCAGAUUCCGAGUCUCUGUAUGCCAGCGGAGGCUCUUCCGCUGUCACUCCAGCUCAGUUGAAGAAGAACAUCAUUGCGUACUCCACGCCAGAUGUCUUGAGCGAUAUCCCAGAUGAUGGAACUCCAAACCUGUUGAUCUACAACGGUGCUGGUCAGAACCUGACUGCUUUCUGGGAAGGAUCCAUUGACGAAGCAUCUAGAGCUAAGGAUGUGGAGUUCACUGAGUCAGUUUUGAGAGAGAUCAAGGAGGAGCUCCUUGACAUUGAAGAAUCCUUCUCUGAGGUCAUGAGCUCUUUUAUCGGAGAGCUCAAGGAGGAGGUUUUUGAUGCUCCCGCUUCCCAAUAA